UUGUUGUUGGUCGUUGAAAAUGUUUUUAAUUUUUGACGAGAAACCAGAUUCGAAUAUCCAGAUUUAAGGAGGAUUAUUAAACCAACGGAAUUGAGGGGAAAAAAUGGAUAAAAGUCAAUUGUCUGCCGUUCUUCAAGUCCUCAAAAAAUAUAAUCUUAAGGAAACUGAAGAACUUUUGAAAAAAGAAGCACAGUUAACUGAUAAUGAGUCACAAAACUCCCAGCAAGGGUCUGAUGUAAGUAGUGUUCUGACUGGCUAUAAAAGUGAUGGGGACCCAGAAGCCUAUGAACUUUCAUAUACAGAACUGAAGAGAUUUGUUGAAAGUUCUCUAGACAUAUACAAACAUGAACUAGGCACUAUACUGUUCCCUGUGCUGGUCCAUAUGUAUCUUGAAAUGGUCUACAAUGGACACACACAAAAGGCCAUAUCACUAAUGAAGAAAUUUGGGCCAGAACAAGAGUCCUACUAUCAAGAAGACUUGAAAAAACUAGCAAUGGUGACAAAAAGAGAGCACAUGAAUGGAAAUGAGUUGACAGAAACAUUCAAAUCCAACCAGUUCAUCAUUAGGAUAUCCAGGGACACUUUGUCAUUAUUGAAGAGGCAUUUGAAUGAUAAAAAAGCUGCAGUCAUGUUGAAUAUCAUUCAGGAACAUUUGUAUUUUGAUAUGUAUGAAGGGGUAGCUAGAAAUAAGGGGCAAAUUGAUGCUACAUCAGGUGCAAUAGGUGGUGAAGCAAAAAGACAAGAUAAUAAAUCAAAGGUAUUCUAUGGGAUACCCAAGGCCCCUGACCUUGUUACCCUAGCAGGGCCAGUAGAAGAUGAGGAGGAAGGUCAGGACCAAGAUAAUCCUGAUAAACCAAAAAAGAAGAAAUCCAAAAAAGAUCCUUUGUUUUCUAAGAAAACCAAGUCUGAUCCAAAUGCACCACCUGCAGAUAGAAUACCAGUACCUGAAUGGAAAGACAAUGAUAAAUUGGAGAAAAUCAAGGCUCUGAGAGAAGCCUCAAAGAGAGUUAUUUUGGGCCCUGAAUCAAUGCCUUCCUGUUGCUGUUAUACACUCUUGAAUGCUAACUUCACGGUUUGUUGUGCAGAAAUCACAGAAGACUCCAGCAUGUUGGCAGUUGGUUUCAAUGAUUCCAUAGUCAAAGUUUGGACCCUGGUGCCUCAGAAAUUGAGGUCCAUGAAGUCUGCUGAACAACUUGAAGAAGUGAAUAUUGAAGCUGAAGAUGUUUUGGUCCGUAUGAUGGACGACCGUUCGGGGGAAACCUCCCGAACUUUGUGCGGCCACGGGGGCCCAGUUUAUUCCGUCUCCUUCUCUCCCGAUCGCUCCCUCCUCCUCAGCUGUUCGGAGGACACCACCAUCAGGUUGUGGAGCCUGCAGAUAUGGACUUGCCUGGUGGUGUACAAGGGUCACAUGUUCCCCGUGUGGGACGUCAAGUUCUCGCCCAUGGGCUACUAUUUCGCGUCGGCCGGGUACGAUAGAACGGCCAGAUUGUGGGCCACCGAUCACUAUCAGCCGUUGAGGAUUUUUGCCGGGCAUUUUUCCGAUGUGGAUUGUAUCCAGUUCCACCCGAAUUCCAACUACCUGGCGACCGGUUCCAGCGACCGGCGCGUCUGCCUAUACGACUGUACUACCGGCCACCAUGUACGUCUGAUGACCGGCCACAAGUCGCCUGUGCAUGCUCUAGCCUUCAGCGUCUGCGGCAGAUAUUUGGCAUCGGCAGGGACGGACUGCAAGGUGUUGGUGUGGGACCUUUCGCACGGCCAUCUGGUGGCCGAAUUAACCGGACACGAGAAAACGGUGCAUUGCUUGUCGUUUAGUCGGUGCGGAAAUCUUCUGGUGUCAGGUGGUCUGGACUGUACGUUGAAACUGUGGGAUUUCACGAAGCUGGUGGAAGAAACUACUUCAGAUGACGUGAACGUGUCCCACAAUCCGGAUGUCAAGAGCGGAGAAGACUAUUUGUUGAGGAGUUUUGCUACGAAAAGUUCACCGUUAGUUAGUGUUCAUUUUACUAGGAGGAAUUUGUUGAUAGCUGUAGCCCUUUUUGAUGGUACUAAUACUUCAUGAGACGAAUAAAACGGUAUUUGUAAGA